UCUCUCUCUCUCUCUCUCUGAGCAUUACAUUUACAUAUAUAUAUAUGCAUGUAAGUUCAUUCGUGUUCCAACAAAUUAAGCAUAAUCAUCAGCAAGGCACAAGGCGCAAUUCGAUCAGGAGAGAAACUAAAGGCAACCAAACCUCUCCAAUGGCGAAAACCAGAACAUCUUCUAAUUCAAGCAUGAAAGACAAGACCUUCUCAAGCUUAGGCAGCCUCAUCCGGCUGCUGCCCACCGGCACUGUCUUCCUCUACCAGUUCCUCAAUCCCCUCCUCACCAACAACGGCCACUGCUCCCCCGCCAACAAGUACCUCUCCACCGCCCUCAUCGCCACCUGCGGCCUCUCCUGCUUCCUCUCCACCUUCACCGACAGCUACGCCGACUCCGCCGGUGCCAUCCACUACGCCAUCGCCACCUUCACUGGCCUCUGGCCUGCCUCCCCGCCUCCCGCCAACGUCUCCUCCUACAAGCUCCGUCCCGGCGACUUCGUCCACGCUUUCUUUUCGCUGAUUGUAUUCGCCGUGGUGUCUCUUCUGGACUCCAACACCGUGCGUUGCUUUUACCCUUCCUUUGAGUCUACCGGGAAGGUUCUGCUCAUGGUUUUGCCGCCCGCUAUCGGCGCCGUUUCUGCGUCUGUUUUCAUGCUGUUCCCCAACAAACGCCAUGGCAUUGGGUACCCUUCAAGCCCGGCCGACGAUGACUCUUAAUUAAUUAGUUAAUUUGAUACGUAUAUAUAUAAUUAUAUGUGUGUUGUGUGUUCAGAAAACAGGAGGGAAGAUGACGAGGAGGGUGAUUUUCUCUUUGUGGAUGCGUAUUGUGUUUAGAUAUAUAUAUGUUGUGGUUGUGUGUGAAUAAAUCAAUUCUUAAUAUGUAAAUCAAAAAUAUUCAUAUUGAUAUAUAUUGU